AUGGUUAAGAUUUCAAGUCCGGAAGACGCUCACGCGUAUGACUAUCACCGCUAUGUGCCCGAUAAGAGAAAGUACCGGCUCGACCAUGCUUCCUUCCCAACUAAUAUGGCUGUAGACUGGUCACGGUUUGAAGGCAUCGACAUCCACGACCCCUACAAGUAUUCGGAGACAAUUGUGAACAGUCCAGUCUUUCGACCGCUUUGGCGCAAGUGGAGGGCGAAUCUUGACGCCCCUUUCUACGGCAUCACGAAUGACAGCAAGAAAAGGAAUGGACUAUAUCGACUGCAAGAUGAAGGCGCGCCAACGCAAAAGAUGGUGGCAGCAGCUCGGGAGGUCAUAACAUCUCUGACUCCCAAAGAGCGGAAUGAAGUAAUGCGAGACAUAGAUUCUGAGGAUUGGAGACAAUGGCACAAUACGGAAAUGGUGUUGUCCGAGUGCGGCCUAUGUCUAGAGACCUUGACCGGUUUCCAGAUCGACACUAUCAUGGAGCUCCUGAGGCAGUCUCUGAGCGAAGCAGGCUUCUUAAAGGUCCAGGGUGCCAUGAAGACCAACAAGUUUCUUGGAGAGAUCUGUGGCAGAGAAGCGAUCUUGAACGAGAACAGUUACUUUUUCUCGAUCUUCGGGGAGCCCUCGGAAACAGAGCCUUGGGCAUACAUGCUCUUUGGUCACCAUCUAGCGUUGAACGUCUUUGUCGCUGGACAGCAGAUGACAAUAGGCCCUGUUUUCAUCGGAGCCGAACCCAGCAUCAUUGACAGUGGUCCUGAUAAGGGACUUACUCUCUGUGCGAACGAAAGUCUGCUGGGCUUAUUACUGAUGCGAUCGCUCUCUGUUUCAAUGCAGCAGAAAGCCCAGGUAUAUGCUAGAAUGCGUGAUCCAGCUAUGCCUGAGGGCCGGUGGAAUCCAGCCGAUCAGAGGCAUUUGGCAGGAGCUUUCCAAGACAACCGAGUAAUCCCAUACGAAGGUGUUUUAGCCAGCGAUAUGACAGAGGAGCAACAGGCAUUACUUAUGUCAAUCGCCACAGCCUUCCUGACGCUGUGGCCCGCGAAGCCUCUCCAGUUCAGGCUCAAACAGAUUCGCGAAUAUCUUUCUGAAACCUACUUCUCCUGGAUUGGAGGAUUCGGACCGGAAGAUCCUUUUUAUUACCGGAUUCAGAGCCCGGUUGCACUGUUCGAGUUCGAUCAUCAUUCGGGAGUUUUCUUGAAUAAUGAAGAGCCCGCCAAGUACCACAUCCACACGAUCCAGAGACUGCCGAAUGGCAAUGACUAUGGACGAGAGCUUAGGAGGCUUUUCCUAGAGGCGGACCGCGAAGAAGAGCUGGAGUGCGAGGUUUGGCCUGGGACGGACCGUGGCCGACGCGCUACCUCUCGAUAUACUCGAAAGUCCAACGAGCCUGAAGUCGACACUGCUGAUAGUGUCACUCACAUUACCGAGUCCAUCUCGAGCAACAGAGACUCUGGGGUGGAUGUUGGAUUCGGUUCUGCGGCCCUUUCCGCGGAAGCGACGACCGAAGACGCCAAUUCUACUUUCGAGAAUACAUUACUGGCGUCACCCUGGUCGCAAGACAACCUCGAAAAUGGACACGAGCCUCAACAUUUCGACGACCUGUUACGCCAGCUCGGUGUCAGCGUGUCUUCUAACUUCUGGGAUCCCGGAAACUUAUCCGCAACUACACCCACGCAUUCAGGAAACAGCGAAGGCCCAUUCCCGGAGGUGACGAACCUCAAUGUCGCUGCAGACUUGAAUAUCCAACCAGGAGUUCUCCGCAUCGAGUCUCUAAACAAUACUUCCUCAUUGGCAGCCCAGACAUCACCGUCUUCUACGUCGACAACCAACUUGGCCAACGGCAAAGUCUCCGACAUCGAGUCUCUAACUAGAGGAAAUGAUCAUGCAGCUUCGACGCAGCGUACCGCCCCUCCCUCGGUGUUUGUUCACAAGCUGGCGGCCGACUCAUAUCGUAAAGCCUGGUCAAUGACGCCAGAUGCCUUCGCCUCUCCGUGUGAGACUUCCCUGCAGAUUCUCAUGCUCCACAUUGUCCAUCAUCUUCAAUUCGGGAGGCAUGGUAUCGCGUGGACAUAUUGCGGCUUAGCGAUUCGCAUUGCACAGUCACUGGGCCUACACCAAAGAAGCCCACCAGACAUGGGUUUCUCCAAGUCUCGCAUAUCUCUUCGCUCCCGUCUUUGGUGCUUGAUUCUAGGCUUCGACGCUAGCUUGUCACUCUCCCAAGGCCGGUCUCCCGGACUUUCAAGCGGCAUGUUUGAGAAGAACAUGGCUCUCGAGUACACAUCUACCUUGACUGAUGGCGAGUCCUCCGAGCUUGCAGACUAUCUCGUGUGGUGGUACCAGUUGAGCUUGAUACAGAUCCAAUUCUGUGGCUUGAUGCAGUCGAAGCAUUCGAUCGUUUCGAGAAUUGACGGGAUCGCACAGGCAGACAACCGCCUUUCGGCAUGGAAGGAGAGCUUACCACCCACCUGUCGCCCAGACAGCAUGCUAUUGACGCAAGAUUCGUUCCGCUGUCACGCUCUCAUGCUUCACCUGGAGUACUACAACUUCCUCCGCGCAAUCCAUCUGGCGGCCACGGUCAUGACGACAUCGCUUGAUGGCAGCACCGAGCAUAGCGUGGGUUAUACCAAAGCAAAUACCCACAUCCUCAGCUUCCAUUUGAACAACUACAUGGCUGCAAUUGCGGUAUUAUACCGAAGCAUAAUGAAAGACCCUGCAAACAUGUCGUCGCGUGCUGAUCUCGAGUACCUGCGCGCGGGCAAGAUGCACUUGUACUGGGACAUGCCCGCCAAUGUCUCCGGACCCGCGUUGAAGGCGUUAUUUGACAACAUGCUUUCAUCUGCGGAAGAGAUGGUGUCGAAACAUAGCAUCGGGUUAGGGUCGCGAAGAUAG